AUGAAAGCAUGGUCUAACUGUAACUACAGUAUUAAUAUUUAUAUUCUUAAAUUAUUAACAAUUCAUUAUAGUUCAAACAGUUUAAAAUAAAGAAAUAACUCGAUUAAUUAAUUAUAAAAUUCAGAAUGAACAAAUUGGCAGGAUUAUUGUCAAAUGCUUGUUUAAUCAAAGGCAUAAGUCGUGUAUCACUCGUGAGAAAUUGUUCUACUGUAGAAAAAUGUAAACCAGAAAAAAUGUUGCAUGUUCCCGUUAUGAGUCGAGAAGUCAUCGAGUUUUUAGAUCCUGAAGAAGGCCAGACCUACAUCGAUAUGACUUUUGGUGCUGGAGGUCAUUCCAAACAGAUUUUGGAUUGCGGAAAAAAUAUUAAAUUAUUUGCUUUAGAUAGAGAUCCUACUGCCUACAGAGAAGCGAAAAAGAUGGCUGAAGUCCACAAGUAAGUUAUAGUAAGUUGAAGCUGUGUCAAUGGCAUUUAAUAUGAAGAUGCUGAAUAACAGCUACUAUACUAUUUUAGAUAACGAACACAAUAUGUAUAUAUAUAUAUAUAUAUAUAUACAGGUAGCUCUCGGUUUAUGCCGCAAUUCCGUUCCUACAAAAGCCGGCGCAAAUCGAAUCGGGGUAAAAUGAAUCUGUAUUUACACUGAGGUAUAGGGUUAGUUUCUACAUAAGUGAAAAAUAAAGAAAUAAUUUUGUUUAUUAAUACAAUAUAAUACAAAAUACAUAUAAAUUUAAUUUUUAAAACGUAUUUUAUCAUAAAAUAAAGUGAAAUGUUUUUAUUAAAAAAUUUUAGUUUCGGUUCUCAUACAUUUUUCGGAAAAGAGGAUCCAUCUUUAAUUAGUAUACCUCUAACUGCAUUAUUAAUAAUUAAUACACUCCACCAUACCUUUAAAAUACAGUUUAGUUUAACAAGUUAUUGAACGUUUUCGGUCAAAUUAACAGACCUUCUUCAGGAUCGAUGUAAAGAAUUUAAAGUUGCCAAACGGUAAUUCCAAAAACGCACGUUCUACAAUCUUCUGAGAUUCGAUUGCGCAUGUCCAUUUGUUCUUUACAAUGCUGCCGCUUUCCAUGCUGAUGCUAUUUUAUUUGCUUCUCGAAAAUUUAUAUUUUGCCUUUUUUUCCUGUAUUUAUAAAUGUGCCAGGCCUCUGCAUAUUUCAGAUGUUGUUUAUUAUCAAUCUUUUGUAUAAUAUCCGCCUUGCUCCAUUCGAUUGCAAUCUCUGUAGGAUCCGCGAUUGCAUAAUUAGCCAAAGCCGUGAUUGGUUGUUUAAAUCUUAUAUUCUUUUCGUGCUCCUUCAAUCUUUCUCUUGGUGAUCUCUUUGUGGCUCCUAUAUAAUAUAGCUCCUUCUUUAGCCUUUUAUCAUGCAACGGUAUUCUGUACACAUCUGGAACUAGCCUCCUGUCUACGGGUGUUUUGUCAUUUCUUAGCAUUUGGAAUAUUGUCGUGUUUCUCUUAUAUGCUAUUUUCUUUUUGCUCUCUAUUCCUAUUUUUCUGUAUAUGUUACUUAACGGUGCUCUGUAUUCCAUUAUGGUGAACUCCUUUUUUCCUUUCU